CCAGACUCCGGCGGGAGUGGCUCCGUCGGGCUCCAUCGGACUCGACGAUGCUGUAGUGACCGCCGUUGUCUUGUCGAAUUUACAUAUGACAGGCUUUGACGAGGAUAUAGGGUGCAAGGUUCCUUCUCUUCCUGUAUUAUGGCAUGCUUUGGUAUCCAAGGGCAAUGUUUGACGGCCCGGAAGCCGGCGGCCCUGUUUCUUCCGUUUCUGGCUUCUAUUCCCCAUGUCUGCGACUGCUUAACACGGUUCUCUAAGCCUUUGGACACGGCAUUUGCGGUCCGAGACACUUUGCUUGCCGCACUCACGAAUCUUUCUUUGGAGUCAUUCUUUUCGACUAUCCUGUACCUUGUCACAGCGGUCUGUCAAUGGUGUGGUGUUUGCUCGUGUGCACCACCGCACCAUCUACCUGUCAUGAUUGAACGCAAUGGCCGCGAGGGCCGACAUGAGGCAUAUUUAGGCGUAGGCGCAACGUAGGUGUACGUAGGCGUAGUCAGCGCUGUGAAUUGAUGUGGUAUUCUCACUCUGCCUAGACU